UUCUCGAAGGAUAUGGAAACAGUUGGUUAUAGAGGACCAGAGUUGACAGCUGAACUGUUAUCUAGAUUAAUUCCCACCAAUCGUGAUCAGUAUAAGAUAAUAGAUGCUGGUGCAGGGUCAGGUCUCUCUGGUAAAGAGUUGAAAAAAAAAGGUUUUACUCAGAUUGAUUGGUUAGAUCCUAGUGGUAUGUCAGUAGAAGCUGCUAAGAAAACAGGAGCCUAUACUCGAUUUAUCGUUGAUUAUUUAUCAGAAAGACCUCUUGAUGUCCAACCAGAUACAUAUGAUAUAAUGGUAUGUGUUGGGGCUUUCUUUGAAGGUCUGAUACCGUUAACAGCCUUUACUGAAAUGAUUAGAGUAGUAAAGAAAGGUGGUUUCAUUGUUGUAAGUAUAUCCACAAAAAGUUUAGAAACAUGUAAAGAAUAUAAAGGACGAUUGCUACCACGAAUUGAAGAAUUAGCUGACCAAAAGAAAUGGGAAAUAGUAGAAAUAAUUGAAGAACCCCACUAUCUUAAAGAUGUACCAGCCGUAUUCUAUAUUCUAAGAGUUUUAUAA